GAGCACACAACACCCGCCGCCCGCCCGCGACACACAUACGACACCGCGGCGCGCCGUCUCCUCGUUUUGCUCUCGCCCCGAAUCGAGUGUCAACACCAUCUCCACACAGCACAUCUCGCACCAAACAGCAUGUGAUGCACCAUCAUCGACGCUAACGAACACUCGCGGAUGAGCGAAGGGAAAAACGUGCCGGACACUUGAGAUGAAACUGUUUUAGUGCGCGAAAACGUUUUUCGCGGAGUGUUACAUCAUUGUCGUGCGUGGUCCAGAUGUGCAACAAACGUAAUUGUGAUAAAUUAAGUUUUAUGAUAUAAAAUAAACAGGGAACUAGCGUAAAAUGAGACCAAGACAACUUCAAUCACAACUUUAACCAGAAAAGACACAGCACGCGCACGUGCUACCCCAAGACAACAACAUGGUCGAUCUCGGCGGAUACGUCAUCAUCCUGGUGGAGACCAAGGACAAGAAGAUUAAAUUAUACGGAUCGCCGGCCGACAAAGACAAUCUAGAGGUCGGCGACGAAAUACUCGAAGUGAACGGAAAGACGUUGGAGGACGCGACGCACACGGAAGUCAUCAGUCAUAUACAUCAGUGCAUCCGAUCAAGGACGAUAUGCCUGCGAGUAAAGCGGAGAACCGGUGCGAAAUUCGGUGAUUCCGAUACACUACUCUCUCCUUCGUUACAAAAAACUGUGGACUUGGACCUGUUCGCCAGCAACGUGCAGGAUGCGUUCGUCAUCGCCGUGGAGCAGCAGGCGCGCGAACGUCUCGAACGCCUCUCUGCCCUCAAGCGGAUCAAACCGAUCGAUAUGACUAAAUUGUCAGAGCAGCUGAAUCAACAAACCACGUCGAACGAAGAACUGAACGGUUUCAUCAACAACUCACCAAUUUACGUAACCUCACUGACUGCGACUGAAAACCUAAACAACAAUCCGAAUAGUUUAUGCAAGCAGGGUGGAAUUGUGAUUACGGCGACAACAACCACCACAACACCAUCGUCGACACUCGGUCGAGAAAAAUUAUUACCGACUAGUCAGACGAACGGACAUCAUCGUGAUCAACACUCGGAGAUUAUACUUAAACAACAAUUUAGCGCUGCUUCUGCUGCCACUUCCGGUGAAUUGCAGGCGGUGGUGAAGCAUCAAGUGCCAAACGAUAUUAGGACUAGUAGCGAACAAGUUUUAGAUGUGAGGAAAUUGGAUGAUCGAAGGGCAUCGCUAGACGAUCGAAGAGCUUCAUCGCCGUUUCAAAACGGCCGUACUGAGCUACUAAUCGGCGCCGAAGAUAACAACAAAUUGAAAACAACAGCAAUCAUCGAGAACAACAAUAAUAAACUAGCAAUCGAACCGGAGUUACGGCCACGGAGAAGAUCGGGUAGUAGCAUCGUGGUGAUCGGCGACAGUGAUCUACACACGGUGAAGCGGCCGCCCGAUGAGCUGCUGGACGACGUCGCCGCCAUCGAGUACAACAUGGGCAUGAUGCUCGCCGGCGACAACGGCCCGCAUCGGGAGAUGGCCGUCGACGUGCCGGAGUCUUUCAUUGCCCGCAACAAGACGCCGCCGCGAUAUCCACCCCCGAAACCUAUUCUUACGGUGGGGUACGACCGGCUGUUGGGCGUGACAUUCGGAGACGGCAACCAGGAGCGCGCCAUCGACGUGCCCGACAAUUUCGUCGAGCGCAAAAAGACGCCACCGAAAUAUCCGACCAUCAUUAAGCCCGGAGUGAAUGGCAACUCGACGCAAAUUUCCGCCCCGACGGUGCCGAGCAAGCCGGUGCCGCCGCCGCGGGAUCACAUCAAAGAUGGACGACUGACGAACAAAUCCGCCGCCCCACAACUGCCCAGCCGCAUUGCGAACAACAAUAAUAACAUUGCCACCGGUAUUGCGUCGCCAACAAUGGUGGAUAUUACCACUGGCGAACCGACCAAGGAACAACUUAGUAGUAUUAAAAAAUAUCAGGAACAAAUCAGGAAGCGGAAGGAGGAUGAGGACCGAAUUGCCGCGCAGAAUGAAUUCCUGCGCACGUCCCUACGCGAUUCGCGUAAGCUACAUGCGUUGGAGAGUCGUCGAGAGGCACAGGGGGCGGACAACGAGGCGUUUUCCGUCGAUGACGAUGUUACCGUCUCCAGCAGCCGGCGCGAGUCUACCUCCAGACCGGGGACGCCCAGCUCGGAUAAGGAACUUGUUCACGCUGCAUACGGCUAUGGAGAGUUGGUGGCUUCAGUGCAGCGGCUGCAAUUGCAGUUGAAGAAAGCGGGUACUGGUGGUGGAUUGGGUGGAUUGGAAGGACGUGUUGCUGCAGUGCAGUCGUUGAUUUUGUCACCGCAGUUUGGUCGCGCACUGGCUAUACAUAAUAAAGUGCAAACGGUGAGGAAUCGGACUGCGCCCAGGCCAACGGCGAACGCACAAAGUGCUCUCCGUGAUUGCCUGGAUGCAUUGGGUGCGUCUCAAGGCGCGUACGCUGUUGAACUCGCUGCCCUCCUCACGGGAUAUGAGUUUGAGGCGCUGAUGAUUGCUCAUGAUGGUGUGGCAUCCGCCCUACCUGAAGACUCCACCUCACCGGUGUCUUCGCCUGCCCAAGUGGACACCAAUUCAACCAUUGCGGGUAAAACAGCACUGCCGGAGCACUAUGGAGAUGACAAUAUCAAAAUUGUCAAGAUUGAAAAGAGCACUGAACCCUUGGGUGCAACCGUGCGGAAUGAAGGUGAUGCUGUGGUUGUUGGUAGAGUUGUCCGUGGUGGCGCAGCUGAUAAAAGCGGCCUGCUGCAUGAAGGUGAUGAAAUUCUAGAGGUAAACGGCAUCGAGAUGCGUGGAAAGAGUGUGAACGCAGUCUGUGAUAUUUUGGCGGCGAUGGAAGGCACCCUAACGUUCCUCAUCGUGCCGGCGACACCCGGCAGCCGACAUUCUAGUCGCGAGUCGCUGCUGCACGUGCGCGCCCAUUUUGAUUAUGACCCCGAAGAAGACAUGUAUAUUCCAUGUCGUGAGUUGGGUAUCGGAUUUCGUAAAGGUGACGUGUUGCACAUCAUCAGCCAAGAGGACCCCAAUUGGUGGCAGGCGUACCGCGAAGGGGAGGAGGACCAGACGCUCGCCGGACUGGUACCGUCACAGAGCUUCCAGCAUCAACGAGAGAGUAUGAGACUAGCGGCCGAGGAACGCAUGUCGAAGCCGCAGCGUAAGUCCACCACCUUACUCUGCGGUAAAACUGCAAAACGGAAGAAGAAAAAGGGUUCAUACGCCGAAUCUGGAUAUCCAAUGUAUUCGAAUGCAGUUGAUGAAUUUGAACCUGAGGAAAUUUUAACUUACGAAGAAGUGUCACUGUAUUAUCCGCGAGCAAACAAUAAGAGACCGAUUGUACUCAUAGGACCACCAAAUAUAGGAAGGCACGAAUUACGUCAGAAAUUGAUGGAGGACGCUGAACGAUUCGCUGCAGCAAUACCACAUACGUCAAGAGCUCGAAAAGACACCGAAGUCGACGGGCAAGACUAUCAUUUCAUAACACGUGCUCAAUUUGAAGCGGACAUUUUGUCGCGGAAGUUUGUGGAACACGGCGAGUACGAGAAAGCUUAUUAUGGAACUUCUUUGGACGCCAUUCGAUCAGUGGUCAAUUCCGGCAAGAUCUGCGUGCUCAAUCUCCAUCCGCAGAGUUUGAAGAUCUUGAGGACCUCGGAUUUAAAACCAUACGUGGUGUUUAUUGCCCCGCCCAGUCUUGAGAAGUUGAGGCAGAAAAAGAUACGCACUGGGGAAACUUAUAAGGAGGAAGAUUUAAAGGAUAUAAUCGAAAAGGCGCGUGAAAUGGAAGACAAAUACGGCCACUUCUUUGACAUGAUCAUCAUCAACAAUGACACAGAGCGAGCUUAUCAGAAUCUCCUCGGCGAGAUCAACAGCCUGGAGCGCGAACCGCAAUGGGUACCGGCAGCGUGGGUGAAGGCACUCUAGUUGAUGGCGAAUGUCGAGAAAAUCGUGUAGAAACCCCUAACUCUAUGUUGAACAAAUUUCGAAUUUUUUCUACGAUGCAUUCUACUUAAUGAUAGCCGCGUGCGUGUUUUUGUUCUUAUCGAUAAUUGGACUUGUUUGCUUCGUCGACAAGCAGAAGAGGGGAAGCAGAUCAGAAGAAGUACAAUACGUAUUCGAUCGAAAUAAGUAAACGGGCGUAACAAAAAAAAAUUAUAAUCUUGAGGUGCUAGUCGUUCGGAAUGUCGUCCGGCGGCAAACGGUAGCAGCGUCGCCGUAAUCGUUUCCUAUAAUGACGCAUAUCAAUAAUGAUUAAAUCUUAAAUUCGAGACUCCACGUUUUUCAACUGUAUGCAUUCGUUGAGUUUGCCAUCGGAACGACACACAAACUAAAAACAAAACAGAGAAACAAAAAACAAACAUCACAUGAGUGCUGUGAUUUUCGCUGCUGGCCCGCGACUUUAAUUAAAUCUAAAACAGAAAACAUGUUGAGAUAAAACACAAAACGAGAGAAACUAUUUAUUACUAUGAUUACGAGCUACUUGUAUAGUUACAUAUUUAACACUGGAGGUCGGCAAUAAGGAGUUUACUGUAAAUAAAUAAAAACCACGGAUUUAUAGCGCGCAGAGCUACGAUGAGGACUAUAACGAAAAGCUAUAAAACCUAAAACGGGAGGAGAUGCAUAAAAGCAUUACACAAGUGUGUUAUCUGUUCCGAUCAUAGAAUAUAUUGCCUAGCCUUUUAUUGACGCACUGAUCGUGCGCGACUAACUCAAAUUUAUAUAAACUACAAAGAAAUUGUAAGCGAGACGAUGUUGUUGUAGUGAAACAUUUCAAUGCAGACUUUCAAACCGUGUUAUUACCGUAAACAUAUACAACAUCAAUGAGCUCUCACUGGCAUGACAAAACUAAACUUUAAAAUUCGAUGUUAGGAACAAUACUAAACAAAAAAAAAUAAUGAUGAACGCGCUCUGUUUGUACACUUUUAUUACUCGACGCAUUCCUAUCAGUUGUUGAACAAAGCGAAGCAAUGGCAAUAUUCACUUAGGACGAUUUUAUUGUUUCCCCCAACGCGAAUACAUAGAUUUUAUUAGGCGUAUUAUUAGGUGCAAUCUCUUGUGCAUUUCGACAAUGUACUGACUUUUAGUUUUUAACGGAAAACAAUCCCUGGAUGCUGGAUUGUAGCAGGGAUUGUGUUUCCUCUCGGCAGAACGUACGUAAUUAAACAAAAAUUAAUUAAUUUACAAGAAACCUAUAAGGAAUGUAUACAUACUUAACUAUAUAUGAUAUUGGUAUAUAUUUUUUUAAGUGACUGUGUCGAAGCGAGUGCGAUUAUAUGUUCUGUUUAGACGCAUGUGUACGAUGUUUAUUAACUAUGAUUUAUUCGAAAAGAUUACGUUUGUUAUCGAUAUUAUUGUAUAUAUAAAAAUCAGGUGUAUAUAAAAUAAUAAUGAUUAAAAUAUAAACAGGACCCUAUGGCGUCCGCUUAGAUUAUCGAUGUAACAUUGUUGUUGUUGCAACCUGCUAAUUAUUUUCUUAAUGGAAAUGUAUUAGGAAAAUAAAUUGAGAACUAAACGGGG